GCUUUGUUUCCACUUGAUGCGUCUUCUUCCUGAUUUACGAGCCUCUCCCAGUUCAUUCCAACCGUGAUGGUGAGAAAUUGAAAAGCCACUCGCUCGCGCCAUCCAUCACGUGGCCCCUGCGGACUGCGGUCUCAAGUCUACACUCACCACAGUCACGACUCACCACCGUCGGGCCUCCGACUCUUCGAUUUCCCCUUCUCAUCUGGAAUCUUUCUACCGAAACAGCUACAAUGAGGCUUAUAGCAGCCUUCCUUUUCACCUCCCUGCUUCCCGGGGCCCUGGCCCUUCCACAGGCCCAGCCCGUCGAUGCCCGAGCACUGAGGAACACAAUGGAAGAAACCGACCUGCUCCUCUUCGACACGUCCAUCGACAGUUUCCGUGUCCACAUGCGACACGAAGAUCCUCCCGAGUUUGACUGGUCUACGCCGGGCUGCGGCCACAUUGAGGAUCAUCCGUACAUCUUCAGACAUGCAUGUAUGCGAUGGCAGUGGGGUGUCCAGCAGUACGUCGCUCAGGGACGUUUGACGGAGGAGGCUAGGAGGCGGCUGGACGAUCAGUACGAGAAGGAUGUUCGUCGCAAAUGCUACAACAUGAUUCCCAUCGAAUCUUGCCAAGACGACAUGGAGGCUUGGCCUGAAUAUUUCCGGGCUGCAGAAGUAGACUUUAUCAUGGGAUCAGGUGGGAAGAAAAAUUAGACAGCGUUGUAAUUAUUGCAUGCAUAUAUUGUAUUGUACUGUGUCGCGGUGUCGACAAACUAGACUAGAGGGGCUUGAAGUACCAUCAUAGACCAGGUACGGAGCGUACGGAGCAUAAGGUAAGGUUCGGUGAGGUACCACGAGUGACCGACCGUGGCCGAGGCCGACCGUGGGGUGGUUCGGUGAGUCGGUGAGUCGGUGAGUCUGUGAGUCGGUGACGUC